CUCUAUCCAUUCUAUUAUCUUAACACGCACACCAAUCAAAACAUAGUUGUUUCCAGCCACUUUCCCUUUCAUUGACUGUUCACCAAUCAAAGUUGUUCCAAAACAUAGUUCAGCUUUCAAAACUGCUGGCGUUCGUCCCUGUUUGAAUUCCUCUCUGUGUUCGUUAAUAUUCUGUGCAAUCCGAUAUCUAUAAAUACGGGCAGAUAUUUUUGGGUCUCUGAGCGAUUGAUUGGAUAUUUUGAUUGUUUGAGAAAGAGAGAAUCUGAGCUGAUAAUGGCGACUUCUGUUGGGAUGAUCGGCGGAUCUUCUUCCUGGAUUCAAUUAAGAGGCUCAGGGAAGAGGAAGGGCGCAACGAGGAAUAACAAUGUCAGGCCUAGGGUUUCCUGCGUUUCUUCCUCUUAUUCUUCUUCCGAUGUCGCCGAUCCGUACAAGACUCUCCGGAUUCAGCCAGGAGCGUCUGAAUCAGAGGUCAAGAAAGCUUUCCGGCAACUCGCUCUCCAGUAUCAUCCAGACGUCUGCAGAGGAAACAAUUGCGGGGUUCAGUUUCACAGCAUCAACGAAGCAUACGAUGUGGUGAUGAGCAAUCUGAGGGGAGAAUCGACGGUGGCAGAGAUGGAGAUGUACCAGGCGUACGAUGCUGGGAUAGAUGAGCCCCUGAGGGGAAUGGACGACUCUGAUUGGGAUCUGUGGGAGGAAUGGAUGGGAUGGGAAGGAGCUGGGAUUCGGGACUACUCGUCUCAUAUUAACCCCUACAUUUGAAACCAAACUUCAAAUCACAACCCUCCAUCCCUCCUCCCCCGUCCCAUUCAAGAAGGUUGGUUCUUGAUAUUGUGGAAGCGUAUGCAUGUAAACUGGGGAGGGAAGUGGAUGCUUAUUACCUUGUACAUAUUUAAUAACUAGUGCAAAUAAUUUUUUUCCCAGCUUUUAUGUAAGAAUGCCAUAUCGAUUUGGCAUUUGUAACUACAAUUUAUGGAUGGUAUUGAAGUUUACUUAUAUUAAUAUAUUAUUCUCAAA